CACUCAGCCGGUGGAGUGAAGUAUUCGGAGAAGAGGAGUCAGUCGGUGGGACGGACGGAGCAGAGCUCUGGGAUAUUAAACCUCCACUUUUUAUUUUUCACAUAAAAAAACCUGUGGAAUCAUGGCUCCCCGUCGGCUCACCUCACUCCUCUUUUUAUUUAUUAACCAGGCAUUUUUCAGCCUCCAGUCGAAAGAGCAAGUUUUGCUGGAUAUGAGAUCUUCGGGAUCAGAGUUGGGCUGGUUGACGCUGCCAAAUGAGAACGGAUGGGAGAUAGUACAGACGGUGGUGAAUGGCUCGCUUUUCUACACCUACAGUGUUUGUAGCAUAGAUUCGACUGAACAGGACAACUGGUUACGCACGACAUUCAUCCAGCGGCGCCCGGGUACGUCCCGUGUCUCCGUGGAGCUCCGCUUUGUCGUGCGGGACUGCAACACAUUUGAUGGCACCUCUGUCGCCUGCAAGGAAACCUUCAACCUCUUCAUCUCAGAGGCGGAUGCCGACGUGGGAACCAACUUCCGUAAAGGGCAGUUCCGCAAGGUGGCCACCAUCGCUCCUGAUGAGGUCACGCGGGGCCGUGUGCUGAAGGUCAACACGGAAACGAGGACCGUGGGGCCUCUGUCCAGAAAGGGCUUCUACCUGGCUUUUCAGGACAUGGGCGCUUGUGUGGCCCUACUCUCAGCCAGGGUUUAUUACAAGACGUGCCCGUCCACAGUGCAGAGCUUGGCGGCCUUCCCGGAGACAGUGGCGGAUGCUCUGAGGGAGGUGGAGGGAGCCUGCGUGGAGAAUGCCGUCAGUCAGGCCACCCCACGCAUCUACUGCUCAGCUGAGGGAGAAUGGGUGGUUCCUGUGGGUCAGUGCCAGUGUCUCUCAGGUUACGAAACCACUGGGGACUCCUGCCAAGCUUGCAAGCCAGGCUACUUCAAGCCAUCUGUAUCGAGCGAGUUGUGUCAGCAUUGUCCUGAUAAUACCAAGCCCUCCACGGCCGGUGCCACUGAAUGUCAAUGUGAGGAAGGUUUCUUCCGCUCCCCUUCGGACCCUCCCGCAUCUCCCUGCUCUGCCCCACCCGGUGCCCCUCGUGAGCUGACCUCCACCACCCUGUCGGCAGACGGCAGGCUGCUGUUGUCCUGGAGCCCACCGCUGGUGACCGGAGGGCGCAGUGACCUCACCUACAGUGUUCUGUGCGAGCACUGUGAGGGCUCCCUGUGCGUCCCCUGCGGCGAGAAGAUCCGUUUCGAGCCAGGCCCCGCGGGCCUGCAGGAGCCCAAGGUCGUCGUUUCUGACCUGGAUUCUCAUCUGAACUACACGUUCACCGUGGAGGCCCACAGCGGCGUGUCGCAGUACAGCACAGAGAGACCCACAGCAACCAUCACCACGGCUCUGGACUAUACAGAUCCCCCUAAGGUGACGUUGAUCCAUCUGGAUGAUCGCGGCCCCACCAGUCUGUCUCUGUCCUGGUCUCUGUCUCGCAGACCUCCGGCCCACAUCAAUCACCGCUAUGAGCUUAUGUACCGCAGAAAAGAUGACGAUGGCGAGCGGGACGUGACCACCUACACUGUCCUGAUUUCCGAGAAGAGCUCAGUCCAGAUUAAUGACCUCACCCCAAACACAACGUAUAUGUUCAGGGUCCAGGCCCUGAGUCCUGAAGGCAGCCCCGGCAGCUACAGCGUGGAGCACGAGUUUCAUACCUCACCAUUAGCCGAGUCUCAGAUCCAGAGCAAGUCCACCGUGGUGAUGGCAGCCAUAGUUGGAGCCGCGGUCAUUCUGCUCGUUGUGGUGGUCGUCCUGCUGCUGCGCAAACGGAGACUGAGCACACACGUCAGGGGAGGAGCAGAGGAUCCCUACUUUUCAACAGAUCAGCUCAAGCCUCUGAAGACCUACGUUGAUCCACACAUGUAUGAGGACCCGAACAUUGCCAUCCAAAAGUUUGUCACAGAAAUCGACCCGAGUGCUAUCAGCAAACAAAAAGUCAUUGGUGUCGGAGAGUUUGGGGAAGUGUUUUGGGGCGUGAUGAAGGCUCCUGGGCGAGGAGAAGUGACCGUCGCAAUCAAGACCCUGAAGCUGGGCUACUCGGAGAAACAGAGGCAAGACUUCCUGAGCGAGGCCAGCAUCAUGGGCCAGUUCUCGCACCCGAACAUCAUCCGCCUGGAGGGAGUCGUCACCAAAUGUGAGUCUCGAAUCAAACAGCCGUUCACACAAGUUAUUUUAAUCAACUGUGUGUAUGUUCAUCUUUCACUAAACACAAUUUGUUUAUGUUUUUCAGUCAAACAUGCCAUGAUAGUGACUGAAUACAUGGAGAACGGAGCUCUAGACACAUAUCUGAAGGGCCGGGACGGAGAGAUUCCUUCGUAUCAGCUGGUGGGAAUGCUGCGUGGAAUAGCUGCUGGCAUGAAAUACCUCUCUGACAUGAGCUACGUCCACCGUGACCUUGCAGCGAGGAACGUUCUGGUGAACAGCAACCUGGAGUGUAAAGUGUCUGAUUUUGGCCUUUCUCGUGUGCUGGAGGACGAUGCUGAGGGCACCUACACAACCAGAGGAGGUAAAAUCCCCAUCCGCUGGACGGCCCCCGAGGCCAUCGCAUACAGGAAAUUCGCCUCAGCCAGCGACGUGUGGAGCUUCGGCAUCGUGAUGUGGGAAGUCAUGGCAUUUGGCGAACGACCCUACUGGGACAUGAGCAACCACGAGGUCAUGAAAGCCAUCAACGAGGCCUUCAGGCUUCCUGCUCCGAUGGACUGCCCGUCCGCCAUCUACCAGCUCAUGCUGCAGUGUUGGCAGCACGACCGCUCCAAACGACCUCGCUUCUCAGACAUCGUCAACAUUUUGGACAAGCUGCUCCGGAGCCCGGAGUCUUUGAAAACCAUCGCUGACUUUGAUCCACGAGUGUCCAUCCGCCUGCCGAGCACCAGCGGCUGUGACGGCACCAUGUUCCGGUCGGUGCCCGAGUGGCUGGAGUCCAUCAAGAUGAGCCAGUACAGCGACAGCUUCGCCCGCGCGGGCAUCACGACCAUGGAGCAGGUGCUCUCCCUGAGGCACGAAGACAUCAGGAAUAUUGGCGUGCGGCUGCCCGGUCACAUGAAGAGGAUAGCCUACAGCAUCCUGGGCCUGAAAGAUGAGGCCAGCUCGCUCAGCGUGUUCGCGGUGUGAUCUCGAGCAUUCCUCCAAAUUAAAGUGCACUGACAGACCAUGCCAUUUUACUCACGGAGAUGGAGGACUGAAGUGGGGGAUGAAACCAAGCUACGCUGCAGGGGUUUUUUCCCCCUCUUCGGCACAGUGUGGCACGACUGACGAGGACCCUCCGAGCCACUCAGAAAGGACUGAGAUUAAAAAACACUUAUGUACAUUAUGAUACGAGAAGAGGAAUAUUUUUAUCUUCAUGUAAAAAAUGUUUUAUAUAACAUAAAUUAUGUGACGUAGUGAGACAAUGCAAAGAGCGCUUGGCUCAGUAUUUACUGAAUGACUGAAAUAUUUAAGGCUCUUUAUGAUUAAGGGCUUGUUCUUCCAAGCACUCAAUUCAUUUCGCCAGUGUUUCUGGAUCCUUACAUCAGUUUGUUUUGCGACACCUUUUGAGACUUGCUUUCAACUUUGAAAUUACUGUUCCACUCAGGGCAAAGGAUCACACAUUCUUAUGGUUAUGUAGUAAGUCUCUGUACCACAUGAUGUAUUUUCCUGAAAAAAUCACUUGUUUGUUUACACCAAGUCUUAAUACAAUUGUCCAUUUUUUAUUUAAUAUUUAUUUUUCAUUUUAUAUUUAUGACAUGUGUAACAUAAUAAAUAACAAAUGAUGAUCCGGCGCACGUUUGCCAGAUGGUGUAUUCUUGCGUUUUAAAUAAAAUCAGUGUUCCCCGUGA